CUCUCUCUCCCGAACCGCAUCUCUCUCUCCCUCGCUCUCUCGCUCGCGCGCGCGCGCUCCCUCUCGCCGGCGACGAGCUCGGGCUAGGGCUAGAUCAGGGGGGUGUCCCUGUCUGCGGCGGAGGGAGGGGAGGGAUAUGGAGGAGGGCGUGGGCUCGCGCGGCGGCGGGUGCGGCGGCCUGGACGCGCAGAUCGAGCAGCUCAUGGAGUGCCGCCCGCUCUCCGAGCCGGAGGUCAAAACGUUAUGUGAGAAGGCGAAGGAGAUAUUGAUGGAAGAAAGCAAUGUUCAGCCUGUAAAGAGCCCAGUCACAAUUUGUGGUGAUAUUCAUGGGCAAUUCCAUGAUCUAGUAGAGCUUUUUCGAAUUGGUGGGAAGUGUCCAGAUACAAAUUAUUUGUUUAUGGGAGAUUAUGUAGAUCGUGGCUACUAUUCUGUUGAGACUGUUACGCUUUUGGUUGCACUGAAGGUGCGCUACCCACAGCGGAUUACAAUCCUUCGUGGAAACCAUGAGAGCCGGCAGAUCACACAAGUUUAUGGAUUCUACGAUGAAUGCCUACGAAAGUAUGGAAGUGCAAAUGUCUGGAAGAUCUUCACCGACCUUUUUGACUAUUUUCCAUUAACAGCAUUGGUUGAAUCCGAGAUUUUCUGCCUCCAUGGUGGUUUAUCACCAUCGAUCGAUAAUCUUGAUAGUGUUCGCAGCUUAGAUCGUGUUCAAGAGGUCCCUCAUGAGGGCCCUAUGUGUGAUCUUUUAUGGUCUGACCCAGAUGAUCGAUGUGGUUGGGGCAUAUCUCCUCGUGGUGCUGGAUACACUUUUGGCCAAGACAUAUCAGAACAGUUUAAUCAUACCAAUAAUCUCAAACUUGUAGCCCGGGCUCAUCAGUUAGUUAUGGAGGGUUAUAACUGGGCGCAUGAACAAAAGGUUGUGACCAUAUUCAGUGCACCCAACUAUUGUUAUCGAUGUGGCAACAUGGCAUCCAUCCUGGAGGUUGAUGACUGCAGGAAUCACACAUUUAUUCAGUUUGAACCAGCUCCGAGGAGAGGUGAACCAGAUGUGACACGGAGAACACCUGAUUAUUUCCUUUAAAUUAUCUGUUGUAAUUUGUAUUGUUUUGUUUCCUUUCUUUGUCAAAGAUCGUAAUAGUGAAUGCUGGCCAGUAAAAUUUUGUGGGAUCCCUGUGGUAUCUAAGCUGGCCAGCGAUAGCAUGAGAGUGCCGACAUCCAAAAAAAAUGUGAAACAUAUGACCCUCAUUGAUCAUUUUGAGAGCGGUCUAUCAUCCAGGAUUCAAUGCUUCGCCCAUGGUUGUGGACAAAUUUGCACUAUUUAGGAAGGCAUUGUGUUGACAGAGAUAAAACUUCUGUUUUGGUAUCGGCUGGUGUGCAUGUAACAUCUAUCAUUAAUGAAAAACAAGCUGAUAUCUCGGUUG